CACCGCGUCGAGGUUUGAACCAUCCGGUCAGGCCAGAGCAACGACGUCCAUCGCCUCGCCGCGCCGUGCAGCUCGCCAAGCCAUGGACGACUGCUGCUUCCGCGUGUACGGGCUGGUGAUCGCCAACACGGUGUGCGUCGGCGGCACGGCCUUCCUCGUCUACGCGCUCGUCAAGCUCGCCCGGACGCCGCACAGCACGGGCGGCAUCGUCGUCGUCUCCGUCUUCCUCGUCGUCUGGCUCGCCGUCAACGCCAGCAUCUACCCGGCCUUCUGCGGCUCGCUCUUCCCGUGGUCCGCGCUGGGGCGCUGCCUCGCGUCGCCCCUCAGCGCCAUCCUCUGGCUGCUCCGCUUGCCGUCGAGGUGCGCUCGCGCCGUGCGGAGUCGUCGUCAGAGGAGCGAAACCGGUGCCUUGCCGCAGUUCGUGGUGCAGAGCCGUGGGUACAGCAUCAGCGUGCUUCCCCGGGAGCCGCCGGUGCGUGGCGCCGCCGCUGCCGACAUCCCGUCGUACGAGCAGCCGGACGACGACGCGGGACACGACGGCGGCGGCGCGCCGGAGUGCGCGGUUUGCCUUGGCAAGGUGGAGAAGGGGGAGAUGGUGAAGCGGCUGCCGGUGUGCCUGCACAUGUUCCACCAGGGGUGCAUUGACCCGUGGCUGCGAGACCACUCCACAUGCCCCGUCUGCCGGUGGAACGUCUUCGCGUCGUUGCCGGGCCAUGUAGUGUGACGUUCUUCAUCAUCUCGCCAUUCUUUUAAUCGGUGUGGAGCCAUAACUUGGUAAUGUUGUGUACUACGGCGACCUGCGAAAUGUACAGACGAAUACUGUUUUGUCAUGUAUAGGUUCCUGUAAAGAAAUUAAAAGAAGGUAU